CAAAGCUCUUGGUUUCGUGAAAAGACGCCUGUGCUUCGCCCCGAUUAUCCAACAUCCUCCUAUAAUUAUUACAAGGCUAUUCUCGGACUUUAAGUCUCGAAAGGAAGGCGAAAAUGAAGCUCCUCACCACAGCCGUAACCCUCCUCAUGGCCUCCAUGGCCAACGCCGAGGUCUUCUACUGGUGCACUGGCAACGGCAAGUGCGACAAUGCGCCUGGCGUGGGCCCAACCUACGAUUGCGGCAAAAAACUCGGCUACGACUACUACGACUCCAACCGCAAGCGCUGGCGGACGAGUGGCGACACGGUUAAAAAGUUUUGGGAAACCGGCGGCUUCUACGACUGCUGCCACGCUAAGAACAAGGGCGCUUGCUACGAUAUUCAAAACCAGUGAGCGUAGCCGUCUAGCUGAUAGAAGCGUCUGAAGAGCUUGAGUGUUCGGCUAGUCCACUGGUUGGCGAGAGGUGGAGUCCUCUGGAACGGGUUUGGCUGGAGAAAUUGGGCCACAUACUGGCGCUACCCUUGCUCGCUCGGUAACGAUCUUCUGUAUGUCGCUGGCUAAUGAGUUAUUCACUCAUCUCCAUCUCG